GAGCGUCCUCCGUGGGGCUGGUGGGUGCUGCGCGCCUGGGACCCCUUGGCCGUGGCACGGUGGGCAGGUUGCUCCGCGAGUCCCCGGGCCAUGCGUCGGAGAGGACGGUGUCUGGGGUCGUUCCGGUCAUCUGAACAUUCCAAAUACCUACCCAUUACCUGAUGCCGCUGAUAAAAUCGAGAUGGCUCUGAACCCAGGAUCACCGCCAGGUGUUGGACCUUACUAUGAAAACCACGGGUACCAAAACGAAAGCCCGUACCCGCCACGGCCAGCUGUGGUCCCCAGCGCCUACGCCGUGUACCCAGCUCAGUACUACCCGCCCACCGUGCCCCAGUACGCCCCGAGAGUGCUGACGCACGCUUCGACGCCCGUCAUCCACGUGCAGCCCAAAUCCCCGUCGGGGACACUGUGCACCUCAAGGACCAGGAGGGUGCUGUGCAUCACUGUCGCCCUGGGCGCCCUCCUGGCAGGAGCGCUGGCAGCUGCCUUCCUGCUCUGGAGGUUCAUGGAGGACAAGUGCUCUGUGUCUGGGAUGGAGUGUGGCUCCUCGGGAACCUGCAUCAGCCCCUCGCACUGGUGUGACGGGGUCCUGCACUGCCCCAGCGGGGAGGACGAGAACCACUGUGUUCGCCUCUAUGGACCGAACUUCAUCCUGCAGGUGUACUCAGUGCAGAGGAAGUCCUGGCACCCUGUGUGCCGAGAUGACUGGAGCGAGAGCUACGGGAGGGCUGCGUGCCAGGACAUGGGCUACCGCCGGAUUAGAAACAGGACCAGUGGAGGAUCUUGCCUGAUGCUCCAGGGUCAUAGGACGGAAAGGAAUAGUUUUUAUUCUAGCCAAGGAAUAGCGGAUGACAGCGGGGCCACCAGCUUUAUGAAGUUGAACAUAAGUGCUGGCAAUGUGGAUCUCUAUAAAAAACUCUAUCACAGUGAUGUCUGUUCUUCAAAAACAGUGGUUUCUUUACGCUGCAUAGAGUGUGGGGUCAGCCAGAAGAUGAGCCGCCAGAGCCGGAUUGUCGGUGGGACAGGUGCGGCCCUGGGGGACUGGCCCUGGCAGGUCAGCCUGCACGUCCAGGGCAUCCACGUCUGCGGAGGCUCCAUCAUCACCCCUGAGUGGAUCGUGACAGCCGCCCACUGUGUGGAGGAGCCUCUGAACCAUCCGCGGUACUGGUCGGCCUUCGCGGGGGUUUUGAGACAGUCCUUCAUGUUCUAUGGAAAUGGGUACCGCGUGGAAAAAGUGAUUUCUCAUCCAAAUUAUGACUCCCAGACCAAGAACAAUGACAUCGCUCUCAUGAAGCUGCAGACUCCCCUGACUCUCAGCGACGAAGUGGGACCGGUGUGUCUGCCCAACCCAGGCAUGACGCUGGAGCCCGCCCAGGCCUGCUGGAUCUCCGGGUGGGGGGCCACGCACGAGAAAGGGAAAACGUCAGACAUGCUGAACGCCGCCGUGGUGCGCCUGCUCGAGCCCUGGCAGUGUAACAGCAAGCACGUCUAUAAUGGCCUGGUCACGCCGGCCAUGAUCUGCGCGGGCUACCUGCAGGGAGACGUCGAUUCCUGCCAGGGUGACAGUGGAGGCCCUCUGGUCACUUUGAAGAGCAGCAUCUGGUGGUUGAUUGGGGACACGAGCUGGGGAUCCGGCUGUGCCAAGCCUAACAGACCAGGAGUGUAUGGAAACGUGACAGUAUUUACAGACUGGAUCUAUCGACAAAUGAGGGUGAACAGCUAAUCCGCACGGCUUUGGCUUUGACACCAUAUUCCACAAGAAAAUGAAGGGGCUGAUUUUUAAUUCCCGGGGAAUAAUGUACUUUUAGGAAUGAUUCAACGGCCUUUCAUUUUGAUUAAAUAGUGAACUUGCCUGUC